AUAAGACAGCACAAACUUUCACAAAAGCUUUGAAUGUAAUUAAAAAUAUUCUGCUAUCAGAAGCAUUUAGAGAAUGUAAGCCUACAAUUGGGCUACAAGUCAUUAUAACUGAUGAUUAUGCUGAAAGCAUUAAGCUACAGCAUAGAGAUAGUUAUGGAAUAGAAAAUAUAAAAAUUGGAUUGAAGGAGGAUAUUGAAGUAGUAAACUCUGAUUUAAUGAUUUUUAAACAUAGAAGCAGUAAAAAUAAAGACCUAUGUUACUUUGUCAAUAUACAACUUAGAAUUUGUGAAUGUAGUCUAACAGAGGCUCUAUGCAAGCACCAAUCUUCAAUAACAAUAUACUAUAUAGAACUCAUAACAAAUAUUAAUAAUAAUUAUUUUGUUAAUAAUGUUGAUGACAAAAAUAGAUAUGGUUAUAUGAAUAAUAAAAAUAUACCUCUCAAAUUCUUAUCUGUGCCCUUAAGUGAUUAUAAAAAUGAUAUUAAUAAUAAUAAUAUAAGUGAAAAAAAUAGCAAUAUUGAUCAGCAACAGUUAGCUAUAAAUGAAUUAGAUUGGUUUAGUAAUGAUUUGAAAAAUCUUCUCAAAGAAGAUAAUCCUGCACUAGAAAAAAGCAUAUAUAAAUUUGUUAAUAUUUACAAGAAAUAUCAUUCUAUACAAGACACCCAGGUUCACCCAGCAAUAACAUCCUUUUUUGAAAUAUAUGACUAUAAUGUGAGUCAUGUUAAUAGCAAUAGUUAUCAAUGUAGAGAGAAAAGAAUUAAAGUACAAGUAGCUGCAACCUCAAGACAGAAGAAGAGAUCAACUCAUGAGCUUAAGAAAAUGCAAUAG